AUUUUAUCCGUAUGUCGUCGCCUUGUGGCGGCGCUGGUGCCGCUCAUCCGAUGUACGAUCGUUACGCCAGCUUCCAGGGAGAUGCUGUCGUUGUGUCACUGAAUACGCUCGCAUUCGUGCGUGGCGCGCUGUUUAGCAUUGACCCCGAGAAUGGAAAUGUCGUUUUAUUCGAGUGGUUGCAAGACGAGAACAAGGUUGUACGGACUCACACGGUAAUGGCACAUGCAAUUAUGUCGAUCAAACUCGACACUGACGAAGGCGGAACGGAUAUCAACACCAUUCGUCAACGCCUGGCUGCCACUAUGCCUUCGAGUGCUGCGAACUCGACACCUGUGGCCAUCCAGCAAUACCUACAACAGCAUUGCAUCGAGGCGACUAUUGACAACGUGUCAAAGGAUCUCAUCGUGUUUGGCGGGGCUGCGACGAUCGCACCGCCGUACGACGAGUUUUCAGUGUGCGCGACGAAUGGCUUGGUCUUGGAACGUUUGACGCAGCUUCUACGUUUGUGUAACGCAUAAUACCCGGCGAUGUAUUCCCCAGCCUCUAUGCGCAAAACACUUCAUCAUUCACCGCGCACCCUUCGGCCACUUCCCCAGCGUCGGAAUUCUGGCGCCAUCGGCGCUUACCAACUAAAAUCCCGCCACUUAUCCAACGGCCAAGUGAUUUCAGUUCUAUAUGGGGUUGAUAUUUUCGUGGGGGUUGGACGUAUCUUUCCGCAUCGCCAGCUGGGAGUGGAGUUCAAAUUUUUGAUAAUUG